CUUUCCAAAAGAAUAUCUAAAAAAUUUUCCAGGUAUUAGAGAGCCUUUUACUUAUGGAUUCAUCAUCUUUCUUCCCCAAGCACUUCAUCACCAUCCUCUUCCUCUUCACUGCAACUUUGCAGUCAAUAGCCAUCUUUUCUAUAUGUCUCUCUAUUGGAAAAUUCUAACGAACACAAAAAAGCCCAAUUUGUCAUUCUUCGUCAAACCCCAAAACAUAUACAGCUUUCUCUGUUUAUUAACUAGUUAUAACCUUUGCAGAAGGCAGUUUUGGCAUCUCUUUCAUUUCUAUGACACUCUUAUUUGAUCAUUUUUCUUCCAAAAAAUCUCGAAUUUUCCAUGAGAGCAUUUCAUUUAUGGAUUCAUCAUCAUUAUCAUCUAUGUUGUUACCAUCCAUCCUAAAACAACUCAUCACCAUCCUCUUCAUCUUCUCUGGAACUCUGUCAACAAUAUCUCACUGCAGCAGCAGCCGCGAAGAAGAAGAACGCUAUACAGAUUGUGGUCGUACCUACAGUUGUGGUGACCUCAAAAACAUUUCCUACCCUUUCUGGGGAACUGAUUUCAGGCCCCCAACCUGCGGUCGAGAAGGCUUCGAGAAUGAGUGCCGAAACAACAACCAAUCGCUUAUACAAAUCAAUGAUCAACAGUUUCGAAUUCUGGGCAUCUACCAAACUGGUUACAGAAUGAAAAUUGCAAGAACUGAUCUCCUCGAAUCUGAUAGUCUCUGCAACCAAAAUGCUGCUGUUGCCAUCACUUUGAAUUACACGCUGUUCGAUUAUGCACCAAGCGUUUGAAACCUGACAUUAAUCUAUAGCUGCCAACAAUAUCAAACUUUUGGGGGAUUACUAAAUAACUUUACGUGCGAUGCGAACGAGCAGACCGUUUACUAUACCACAGAUGAACGGUUUCUCAGCACACCUGACAGUGCAAGCAUCCAGAAAUAUUGUAAACCUUUCCAGGUUCCGGUUUUAUGGAGUUCCAAUGAUGAGAACCCUGAUGGGAUUGGCAAGGAAGAAGUAGAGCAAGCUGUGAGACAGGGUUUUGAUGUAGAAUACAGCCACCAAUUAACUUUUAUGUGUGACGAAUGUGAGAGGUCAGGUGGGAGUUGCGGAUCUAAUGCCACCAAUGAUGG